ACAGACCUCCGCCCCAUCCCCUACGAGAGCAUCCCCCCUUCCCUCACGGUGCUGGAGCUGAAUCGCUGUGAAAUCCCCGCCGCCUGGUUCUGCGGCUCUGCCGUGAGGGCCCUGCCCCAGCUGCAGCACCUCGUUGUCCACAAUGUCCCUGCCUUUUCCGAUCGCCACCUGCUGACCAUCCUAGAGGGGCUGGAGCAUCUCGUGCUGCGCCACUGCGUCAUCGGCGACGCUGCCGUGGGCUUCAUUGGGCGCCACAUGAAACAUCUCCAGUUCCUGGAGGUCAGCGGCGCUUACUCCCUGACAAACACGGGUCUGGCUUGUUUAGCAACCCUGCAGCGCCUGGAGACGCUGUGCCUUGAUCUCUGCAAUAAGAUUUCUCCCGGUGAUAUUAUUGCUUUGUGCCGAGCGCUGCCCCAGCUGAGGAACCUCAAAUUAGACAGGGCUCACUUUGAAGACGAAGUAAUCAGUAAAAUUCAG